GGGUGGGGGAGGGGGGCGUUGAUAUCUUCUACCCGCAUGUGGUCCACUUUAGUUUCCCCCUUUUGCGUUUAAUACGUACGAUUUAUUUUCUUGAAGGGAUUUACUGGACGAACCGGUAACUAUGUGCUUUGCUUUUGCUUCGUCCCAUUUGAUUUAAUUUCUGUUGAGAGAAGUUGGAAGUAGCUCACUCGGUGGGGGGGAAGCGGUGGAACCGAGCGGGAGCUCCAUCACUGAGCCGAAGAGCGAGACGACGGGAACGUUUGGGGCGAAGAGGAGGAGGAAAGUAGUGGACCAUGGGUUCGCAAAAGGAAGAUGUGGAGAAGUUCCUCAAGGAGAACCCUGCGUUUGCGAAAAAGUACUUUGACAAGAAGAUGAGCCCUGCCUCCAUGUCAGAGCUGUCAGGACUCCCAGAAGAACAGAUUGACUUCAGCCAGUUCAAAGACCUCACUCAGCUUGAAGAAAGCCAAAUCAUGUAUGAGCUGAUCAAAGACAUGCAAGAGAACAUCAACGUGGAAAAGGUGGUUUUCAAGAUCCUGAAGAGAAUCAGUUCCCUGAUCCACGCGGACCGCUGCAGCUUGUUCAUGUACCGCCAGCGGAACGGCAUCGGAGAGCUCGCCACGCGGCUCUUCAACGUCAGCACAGAGGCACAGCUGGACGACUGCGUCGUGCAGCCGGACUCUGAGAUCGUCUAUCCGCUGGACAUGGGAAUAGUGGGCCACGUGGCCCUCACCAAGAAGACCGUGAACGUGAGAGAUGUCACGCAGGACGAGCAUUUCAGCUCAUUCGUCGACGAACUCACAGAGUACAAGACCCGGAACAUUCUGGCUACGCCCAUCCUCAACGGCAAAGACAUGGUGGCUGUGAUCAUGGCUCUGAACAAGACCACAGGACCACAUUUCACUGCUGAGGAUGAGGACCUCUUUUUAAAGUAUCUGAAAAUAGCCACGUUGAACUUGAAGAUCUACCACCUGAGCUACCUCCACAGCUGCGAGACCCGCAAGGGACAGCUCCUGCUGUGGUCGGCCAACAAGGUGUUUGAGGAGCUGACGGACAUCGAGCGACAGUUCCACAAGGCCCUGUACACGGUGCGCGCCUACCUCAACUGUGACCGCUACUCUGUCGGCUUGCUGGACAUGACGAAGGAGAAGGAGUUCUUUGACAUUUGGCCAGUGUUGAUGGGGGAGCAGGCACCGUAUUCUGGCCCGGUCACUCCUGACGGCAGGGAGGUCAUUUUCUACAAAGUGAUUGAUUACAUCCUUCACGGAAAAGAAGACAUCAAAGUUAUACCCAAUCCGACUCCGGACCACUGGGCCUUGAGUAGCGGCCUGCCCACUUACGUGGCUGAAAGCGGUUUUAUUUGCAACAUCAUGAAUACAGCUGCUGACGAGAUGUUCAAGUUUCAGACCGAGCCGCUCGACAGCAGCGGUUGGACCAUUAAAAACGUUCUCUCGCUGCCGAUCGUCAACAAGAAGGAAGAGAUCGUCGGCGUGGCCACUUUCUACAACAGAAAAGACGGAAAGCCUUUUGAUGAUCAGGAUGAGCAGCUCAUGGAGGCUUUGACCCAGUUCCUCGGCUGGUCCGUUUUGAACACGGACACUUACGACAAGAUGAACAAGCUGGAGUAUCGGAAAGAAAUUGCCCAAGACAUGGUGCUCUACCAUAUCAAAUGCCGGGAUGACGAGAUCCAGAACGUCCUGAACACCAGAGAGGUGUACGGCUGUGAGCCCAGUGAGUGUGAAGAGGAGCAGCUCCUCGACAUCCUGAAAAAAGAACUACCUCCACUCGUUAAGAAGUUUGAGAUCUACGAGUUCCACUUUUCGGAUUUCAACUGCACGGAGAUGGAACUGGUUAAGUGCGCGGUGCAGAUGUACUACGAGGUCGGGGUGGUCAAGAAGUUCCAGGUUCCUCAAGAGGUGCUCGUUCGCUUCUUGUACUCGCUCAGUAAAGGCUACAGAAAAAUCACCUACCACAACUGGCGCCAUGGCUUCAACGUGGGGCAGACCAUGUUCACGCUGUUGACGACGGGAAUGCUGAAGCGGUACUACACUGACCUGGAGGUGAUGGCCAUGAUAACUGCGGGCUUCCUCCACGAUCUCGACCACAGAGGGACCAACAAUUUGUACCAAGUCAAAUCUGGCAACCCUCUGGCCAAGCUGCAUGGCUCCUCCAUCUUGGAGCGGCACCAUCUAGAGAUGGGCAAGUUCCUCUUGGCUGACGAGUCACUGAAUAUCUACCAGAACCUUCACAGGCGACAGAUAGACCAUGUGAUUCAUCUAACGGACAUCGCCAUCAUCGCCACUGACCUGGCUCUUUAUUUCAAGAAAAGAACCAUGUUCCAGAAGAUCGUGGACCUUUCACACACAUAUGAGGAUGAAAAGAAGUGGGUCGAUUUCAUGUCUCUAGAAACAACCCGCAAAGAAAUCGUCAUGGCUAUGAUGAUGACCGCAUGUGAUUUGUCAGCCAUCGCCAAGCCUUGGGAGAUACAGAGCAAGGUGGCCUUGUCCGUAGCAGCAGAGUUUUGGGAGCAGGGCGACCUGGAGAGGUCGGUACUGGAGCAGGAACCUAUUCCCAUGAUGGACCGGAACAAGUCAGCAGAACUACCGAAGAUGCAGUGUGGUUUUAUUGACUUUGUCUGCACGUUUGUCUAUAAGGAGUUUUCACGCUUUCACCCACAAAUCCAGCCCAUGCUGGACGGGAUCCUAAAUAACAGGAAGGAGUGGAAUGCUAAGAAAGAAGAGUAUGAGGCUAAACUCAAAGCCAUAGAGGAUGAGAAGGCUGCAAAAGGUGCACCCGCUGGCGGUAAAGGUCCUGCAAACAGUGGUGGAGGCUCCAAGACCUGCUCGCUGUGCUAAAAGGGCAAACACGUACACACAGACGGCUCAUGGCGGACUGACUGCAGAAUGAUUUGGGCGCCGCGGCUGACCAGACGUUCAGUUUGACCGCCAAGAAAGUCAGAAAGGCGGACACGAGGGUGAAUGGAAAGCGCUGUAGUAUUUCUCCAGGUGAAAUGGUUCCGAUCAAAAAAGAGGAAAGAGAAUCCUCACGGAGAAGAGACGUUUUAUCUUUAAAAGACAUUUACCAGGUGAGCCGAAAAUUAGUUGAAAAGCAAAGCGGGACACCGGCACAUGUUUACUUUAAAUCAUGACAACUUUUACUUUAAUUAAAUAGGAAUCAAGAGUACAGAUACAUUUUGAAUCUCAGGUUUCUACUCUCUCUCUCAUACAAAGCCGUGUGUGUGUGUGUGUGUGUGUGUGUGUGUGUGUGUGUUUGUUUGUUUUAUAUGUAUUAAUACGGUUCCUUUAACUUAGUUAUAAAGUUAUUUGUACAUAAAUCUGGUUAGGAACAGCUACUAUAUCCACUACAUAAAAUGUAUAAGUGUAUAAACGUUAUCCAAGUAAUUAUUUGCUGCAAAGUCUGUCUCAGUGUAGAUUCUAUAUCAUGUUUCAAACUGUUUUCAAACAUAGUUUAUAUUGUAUAUUCAUGUAAUAAUAAUUUAGGGGUUCAGAAUGUAAAUUUAUUACUGUACAUAUAUUCAAAUUUGAUGUCCCCUCCUUCCAGUCACUUACCAUUUACACAUGAGAGUCUGUUUACCUUGAUUGCAGAGAGCCAAAGGUAGAGGAGGAGCUUGAGAUUGCUGCAGUAAAACAUGUAUAUAUUUUAGGAGAAAUGGGCAAAAGAAAUUUUCUGUAACUGUCUGUAAAUAUGCCUUUAGUUGCUUAAGCACGAUGGCUUCGUCCUGAACAUACAUCUGAGAGUAGCUGAGAAUGUUAUAAAUAUAAAAAAACAUGUAUUUUUAAAUUACAGCAUAUUAAAUCCCAAAAAUUGUCUGGUUCCUUAGCAGAUUAAUUAGCCAUGACCUGAAUGCUUGGACAUGAAUGGCUACUUUUUAAGCCAUUUCUCUACACAAAAAUGUCCCACUUAUUACUUAUUAAUCCCUGAUGGGAAAUCGUCUGCACUGGUCCAUCCUAUAUAGGAGGUAUUUACUGUAGCUAUCAAUGAUGGGUUUAAAUGAGAAAGGAAAGGGAACAUAAUGUACAAAUGUGGAGGACGCAUCAGCUCAAUAAUCUGAAUCAAGGUCUGUUGGGAGGAAACCUUGCAAACUAUUUGUGUUUCAUCAUCCAGCAGCUUUAAAGUACGGCAGACGUCUAAAGCUGAUUGAGACAAACUUCUUGUAACGAUUUGUACAUGCUUCGUUCCUCCUUGUAAAUACAAACAAAAAUAUGUUUGUAGUUCAAAUAGAAAUGCUUAAUUUUUGAAUAGUGAAAGUGUGAUUUGUAAAAUUGGCAAAUUAGUAAAAGUAAUUUCUCAAUUACGUAGGGAUUGAAAUACUGUUUUUAUUUUGCUUGCCUAAAUAAAAAAGUAUCACCAGGUAAUAUUAGGUAAAACAUGCACCUUCAUUUGCUGCAAACAUACCGAUUAACAUGUUUAGGUAGACUUAUUUUAUUUCAUGCAGUGUUUUAAAGCUUGCCACUUGAAAGGUUUUGUGUGAAAUAAUCACAAAAAUAAAGCAAAUGUAUUUUUUAAA